AUGGGAAACCAUAUAUCACUUCAUGCCGCAGAUGCCACUGGGAAAGUUGUUCACUGGGAUGGCUCCGUUCAAGAGUUUGACCAGCCAAUAACGGUGGCAGAGCUCAUGUUGGAGAACCCACAAAAGGUGGUUGUUGAGUUCCAUUCAGCUAUGAACCAGAGAAAGCCAACUCCAUUGCCAGCUGACAAAAAACUCGAGAUGAGAAAGAUAUAUGUAAUGCUUCCGGUGAAGCGAGGGAAGCCCGUAGGAUUGAGCGGCGAAGAUAGUCGACGCAUUCUUUUCAUCGUUAAUUCUGCUCUGAAUUCAAAGUAUCUCAUGCGUUCUACAGGUUUUCUUCCUUGGCUUGCCCGGUUAUGGCAGAACCGUAACACUACAAUUGGAGAGGCUAAAAUGUUGCAGAGAAAGGAAGACAUGGAGAAUACGGAAGAGAGGUAUGAUUUUUCUGAGCUUUUGGAAGAAGUGAUAGAAGGGAGGCCAGAAUAUCUAAGUAGGCAAUUGUCAGGGAAGGGGUGGAAGCCUAGCUUGGACACCAUUAAAGAGAAGAAGGUUAAGAGAAAACUAUCUCACUGGUUGUUCCUCAGAAGUUUUAGCGGUACAAAAAUUUAG